UGGGUGUAAAGGCGGCUCGAGGCGAGCUGGCUCGCGGGUUGCUGCGGCCACUUUGCCGUGUCGCGGCCGCCAGUGGCGAGAUGGAGGGGCCGGGGCUGGGUUCGCAGUGCAGGAAUCACAGCCAUGGCCCCCACCGUCCAGGAUUUGGUCGACAUGGAAUCUGUGCAUCUGAAAGCAAAGAACUUGCUAAAGCGAGAGAAGCUCUUCCUCUUAUAGAGGACUCUAGUAACUGUGACAUUGUAAAAGCUACCCAAUACGGGAUUUUUGAACGUUGUAAAGAAUUGGUAGAAGCAGGAUAUGAUGUCAGGCAACCGGACAAAGAAAAUGUGUCACUUCUUCAUUGGGCUGCUAUUAACAACAGGCUGGAUCUUGUAAGGUUUUAUAUUUCAAAAGGUGCUGUAGUAGAUCAGUUGGGUGGAGAUUUAAAUUCGACUCCUCUUCACUGGGCCAUCAGACAAGGGCAUUUGCCUAUGGUCAUAUUACUACUACAGUAUGGAGCAGACCCCACUCUCAUUGAUGGGGAAGGCUUCAGCAGCAUCCACCUGGCAGUAUUAUUUCAACACAUGCCCAUUAUAGCAUAUCUCAUCUCCAAAGGACAGAGUGUGAAUAUGACAGAUUUAAAUGGGCAGACACCUCUGAUGUUAUCAGCUCACAAAGUACUUGGACCAGAACCAACUGGAUUUCUUUUAAAGUUUAAUCCUUCUCUCACUGUGGUUGAUAAAAUACACCAGAACACUCCCCUCCACUGGGCAGUUGCAGCAGGAAAUGUUAAUGCGGUCGAUAAACUUUUGGAAGCUGGUUCUAGCCUGGAUGUCCGAAAUGUUAAGGGUGAAACACCUCUUGACAUGGCUUUACAGAAUAAAAAUCGCCUCAUUAUUCACAUGCUAAAAACAGAGGCAAAAAUGAGAGCCAACAAGAAGUUCAGACUUUGGAGGUGGCUGCAGAAAUGUGAGCUCUUCCUGCUGCUGAUGCUUUCUGUGAUUACCAUGUGGGCUGUUGGAUACAUACUGGACUUCAAUUCAGAUUCUUGGCUUUUAAAAGGAUGUCUUCUAUUAACAUUGUUUUUUCUGACAUCUUUGCUUCCAAGGUUCUUGGUCGGGUAUAAGAGCUUCAUAUACUUACCAACGGUCUUCCUGCUAAGUUCCAUUUUUUGGAUAUUUGUGACUUGGUUCAUCUUAUUCUUUCCUCAUCGAGCAGGCACCCCUUUCUAUUUUGCUUUCCUUCUCAGCAUAAUAGGCUUCCUCUACUUUUUCUACAAGACUUGGGCAACUGAUCCAGGCUUCACUAAAGCUUCUGAAGAAGAAAGGAAAACGAAUAUCAUCACCCUUGCAGAGACUGGCUGUCUGGACUUCAGAACGUUUUGUACAUCAUGUCUUGUAAGGAAGCCUUUAAGGUCACUUCAUUGCCACGUGUGCAACUCCUGUGUCGCUCGAUAUGAUCAACAUUGUCUGUGGACUGGACGGUGCAUAGGUUUUGGCAACCAUCGCUAUUUCAUAUUCUUCUUACUUUUUCUUUCCAUUGUUUGUGACUGGAUUAUAUAUGAAUCUUUCAUCUAUUGGUCAAAUCAUUGUGCCACAACAUUCAGAGAAGAUGGACUAUGGACCUACCUCAAUCAGAUUGUGGCCUGUUCCCCUUGGGUUUUAUAUAUCUUCAUGCUAGCAGCUUUCCAUUUCUCAUGGUCUACAUUUUUAUUAUUAAAUCAACUCUUUCAGAUUGCUUUCCUGGGCCUGACCUCCCACGAGAGAACCAGCCUGCUGAAGCAAAGCAGGCAUAUGAAACAGACAUUAUCCCUCAGGAGGACCCCAUACAACCUUGGGUUCACGCAGAACCUCGCAGAUUUCUUUCAGUGUGGCUGCUUUGGCUUGGUGAAGCCCUGUGCCGUGGACUGGACGUCACAAUACACCAUGGUCUUCCACCCAGCGAAGGAGAAGGUCCUUCGCUCCGUUUAAGAAAAGCGACCCCAGACUCUCACUCUGACCUACUUGUGUUUAUGUUGAUGCCCUGUGGUCUGCAAGUGAAGUGGAGAUUCAGAGUUCACCUAAGUCCAAAGGAAAAUGCAGGUGUUUUUUUUAAAGCUAUUUGGUAAAAACAGAAGUUCUCAAUAAAGGCAUUACACUUUUAGAUUUAGCAAGAUGGACUGUUCCUGAGCAAUCUUGGCAGACAUCUAAAAAAACUUAUAUUUUUCACAAGAAAACACAAGUUACAUUUUUUUGGAGAUAAUAUUCAGUAAUUAUGGAUAAAAUGUGGUAUUUUCAAAUACUUUAUUGGUUGUUUCAAACUAGUACUAUUCUUUAAACUUGUAAUUUUUGAUAAAUUAUUUGUUUGUUUUAUCUAUAAAUAUGUAAAAAAUAUUUAAAUAGAUGUACCUGUUAUGCUUUCACACUUAAUAAAUUUUUUUUUU